AUGCCUAAAAAGAAAAGUGGUGUCGGUUGUUUCGGUUCUCGCUCAAAUCACCCCGAAAUUCGCUAUGGAAUCGAUCAUUCUCGAGGAAUGCAGAUGCUUCACGACUUCUCGCAACCAAUGCCUGAAGAAAGCGAACUUAAUGCUAAGUUCGCGGAGAUCGUGGUAAGUAAAGGAUAAACGAACUUUUAGGUUUAGUUUAGGCGACUGAAUAUCAACAUUUAUCGAGUUACUAGCACUUUAAAGUUCAAUACGUAACUUGCUCUUCUUUGACGUUAGAACGGAGGCGGUGUCAGACCAAAAUCAAUUUGUUGUUUAUAAUUCAAACACGUGCCCAGCUUUGAAGAAAAAGCCUUAAUUUUUCUUUCCUGUAUGGAAACUGACUCUUUCCUUUCGGGAAAAAUAACUUGAAGGAGAUUUGAUUUAUACUCAAAGGAUUCUAAAGAAAUAUCCCCAAUGGGCUUUUGUACUUCAGUGAGCUUAAGUUAAUUACAAUUCUGAAAUUCCUAUCUUUCAUUUUGGUCUAAAAAAAAAUACCUCUCCAAUUCAUGGUUUUGCACAGUCUACAGCUUGUAAGCGAUUUACAAGAUGAAUUUUUACCAUAGAGACAUUACUUUUUCUCGACGUCUGGUUUGGCAAACUUGCAUCAUAAAAUCUGGAAGUCAAAUUUAUUUAACUUUCAAUUCUGGUUUAUUGAUCAAUUUGUGCCUAGACUUCAGUUCGUUUUAUUUCAUUUCCGACUGUUUUACGACUCAGACAUGUCAACAAAGUUGCAUUUCCAGUCAUCAAUGGUCGGACGAUUAAAUCUCAAGCAUUGUUGUCGGAAUAGGUUUAUCGAUCGCCAAAGUUGUCAAUGAUCGAAUAGUGUCGCGAUCCUUUGGUGAUAAAAUAAAUAUUUUGUACAUUCAAUAACUUGAAAUAAAGUAUUUUACUUCCCUAGAUCUUAAGGAGAAUGUAUUUUUCAGCGAUUCUCUAGCUUAAGCAGGACAACUGAGAUGGUCAUAGUUUCGAUGAUGUCUCAGUUUUAUGUUAUAAUUAACCAACAAGAAUUUACGAGGUACAUUGCGUUAAAGUAAAUGGACAAGCUUAAGUUAACAGCUUAUUUCAUUGGUAAAUUUAAAACGAAAUACAAAAAUCCUUUGCCUUUAUACAAUAUUGGACGCUGUGACGCUUGAGUUUACAAAUAAUUCGUCGCAGCGAUGGUACAGACGUCAAGAAUUAUUAUCAAUAUUUGUGUGUUUGUUGUGUUCUUUCAGGAGGAACUUGACCUCACCGCCGUACAUAAGAAGGCAAUGUUUGAAUUGCCACCUGAAAAAAAAUGGCAGCUUUAUUUAUCUAAGAAGAAGGUAAGCAACGUUGAACUGGAAGAGAAUACAUUAAAUCAAAGUUUUUUUGAAACCUGUUGAUAUUAUGCACAGCAUAUUGUGCGAACUCAUGUUUAUACUAUAUUAAUUCUACCAAUGUUAAAAAUUAAUGGCUGUCAUGUAUGGUGGAGUUCCUGCGGAAAAUGAUAAAUUAUUUCUUAUUGUCUGGCUUGCAGCUGUUUUUUGUUUUAAGUCAACCGAGCAUCACUUGUUGAUUCGUGGAAAUCGAAUGUCUAUUGCAAAUGUGUUCAUAAAAAUUCUCUUAAUUCUUUAAAUCUGUUACUUAAUACUUGUUUAAAAAACACUAUUGUUAUCUAACUGGAAUCCUCUGAGAAUUUAUAUUAUAUAAAUUAACAUGCUUUGUUUUUAUUUUGUGGUUGGACAAAGCUAUUGUCCUGGACAGACCCUUCAUCGCCACUCCUUUUUUGAAAACUCAUGACUGUCACAUUGUUGCAAAAUAUAUUAAAUAAAUAAAUAAAUAAAUAAAUAAAUAAAUAAAUAAAUAAAUAAAUAAAUAAAUAAAUAAAUAAAUAAAUAAAUAAAUAAAUAAAUAAAUAAAUAAAUAAAUACUCAAUAGUCUAGAUUAACCUGUGGAGUCAUUAAAACUGUUGCUUAUGUUAGUUAUAUUUUCUGUAUAGUAUCAUCUUUCAAUCAGUUGUUAAAUUGAAAAUCCAUUUUCUGAACUAUAGGUUGUAGUUCCUUGAAUAUAGUAGCCUUUUUUUUUUAUUUAUUUCACAACAGUUUGUGGAUAAUUUGGUUGUAAUCUUUACUAUAACUCCUGUAUUUAACCCAGAGACACUUUAAAUGCCUCAACACAUUGAGCCCCAAUAUCCACAUACAAAUCCUCCAAACUGAUCUCCAUACAUUUCCUUUAAGAAAUUGAGAGAAUUUAAUAAUAGAUCAAGGCAUUUCUCUUUGGUGAUCAUGUUAUUUAUUCUCAUAACCUUAUCUGUUGACUAUGUAUGGGUAUUGUUAGGAGAAAAGUGAUGCUGGUCACUAUUGGGACUUAAAGGGACCACAAACCACUAACAUCAAUGUUCUUCUUUAGUCUGCACUUCAUUAGGCAUCAGAGAUCGGAGAAUUCUCCGUUUACUACACAGAAUUCCCUGGCUAACAUGCGAUAACCUAUGACUGUUUUCUAUUCAGACAAUUUUAUUGGAGCCUCUUUCACAAUAUUCUUCUGUAAAGUUACACCUUUGUCCUGCCACAAGAACUUUUAGUGAAAAUGCUGUUGAACCCAAAAUUAAUGUGGCCCUUUUAAUGGGGUGGCUGUAUUAGUUGGUAGGGUCUUUUCAUGGUUGCUUAGUCUUUCAUAGACAAGAGUCCUAAUUGACAGAUAUAUCACAAUGCAGGGUUGUCAGAAAGUUUUGAAGUGGAUGGCUGAGUUGUCAAAGUAAGCAGCCAGUCCAUUGAUAUUUUAUUUAAAAAACGCCAUCCGAAAAGAAAUGCCAAGUAGAGUAGCCUGCUGAUACUAACCAAGUAGGCAGUGAUUCUCGCCGGCAGCCAGCUACUUUUGACAACCCUGACAAUGCCCUAAGACUUGGUUGUCAUUACGAAUGACAUCCCAUUCCCCGGACACUUUCAGUUCAUAAAGGAUGUUUUUUUUCUGUGUUUUUGUUUUUGGUUUGUCAAUUGGAUGUUUUUCUCCAUAAGUAAAUGAGCGAGUGUCACAAGAUUGCUCAUUUAGGACAGGUGUCCAAUAAUAAUUAAGGCAUGUAAAAAAAGGAGUGUAUACAAUUAUGUUUCUUUGACCGUGACUAAGGUUUGUUUAUUGGAGGUGCCAUAUUAACAGGUGUUUGACUAAUUUAUUGUUUUGUUUUAAGCGCGGCAGCAUUAGCUCAGUCAGUAGAACACUUGACUGCAAAGCAGGAGGUCGUGGGUUUUUAUUCCUGGGGCCGGAUCAAUACUCAGGGUCUCAAAAUAACUGAGAAAUGAAGGUACUCCCUUUGCACUGCAAGCGGCUAGACCUUCACGUGGCUUGGAUGACCACGUAAAAUGGAGAUGUAAAAAUAGUGUCCCCAAUAUAUUAGUACUUUUGUGCUAAAUACAUUGACAAGUAGCACCACAAUAGAAAAUCGCAGAUCAAACAGAGCUUCCCUACGAUCUAUAGAGUGUUCACUUACUAGAGAUUAUUGGACUUGGAUCAUCAGAUGGCCUUGUGGAUGGUUUUCAUUCCUUGUUUAUUUUAUUCAUUUGAUUCAGUUGCUCAUCUUCACGUCUUCUUAUUUCAGGAGCAAGAGGAGUUAACCUCAACAAGUUACCCGGAAUACUACAUUGAUCAAAUGAAAAGCCUCCAUUCGGUAAGUGUUUAUUUCAUAGCCGUUAAGUUCCAGACUGUAAUGGAGGUAUUUUGAAUGUGAAGAUGGGUGAUGCACAGGAAUGCACGUGAACUGUGUGUUGUCUAGUCCCUUUUAAACAAGUUUUUAAACCCUUUUGGCCAGCAAUGAAAAUGGUGCUAUAGAAAUUACUGUUAUUAUUAAUAUUAUUAUCAUUUUAUUAUUUUUUUUGAUCAAACAGCAUUUGUGAAAAGAAUGUGUGAGACUGAAAUUUGGACAUCAAGUGAGAUUUUUUGCCAUAAAAUUAUCAGAGAUUACUUGGUGUGUUUUCUUUGAAUUUCUUCUGAAAUUGUAGUCUACAGUCUCAAGCCAUGAUGGUAUUGAUUGCUUACCAAAAGUUGUUUUUUUUUAUUGUUGCUGAUACUUCAUUCUUGAUGAAGAUGGUGAUUGUGAGAACACAUAAAAUUGUAUUUAUUACUGCUAUUUCUUUUUAUUUAUAUCUUUGUAACAGGUUUUUGUUGCCCAGAAAGAGGAUGAAAAUAGAGAAAUAGAGUCCAGAACAAAACUAGUUGAUGGACUUAAAACUGCACUCAGAACGCAGCCUUUGAGGUAGCAAAGGGGCAAAAAAGUCAAUUCGGCAUUACAAAUGUACCCCCCACAGCUCCACCCAUUCCCAUCCCUAAAACUUAAAUAUGUACAGACUAAGUCAUAAGGCCAAAAGCGAAGGUCUCAUGGGAUCUUUAAUGAAACUUCUUUCAGAAAAAAUUCAACUUUUGCCAUAAACAAGGAGCAAACUGAAUUCUUCCUGAAAAAAUUCGAAAGAGCCAUCAAUCAAUUGAAAACCAAUAUCUGGUCAGAGGAGAAUAUUAAAAAACAAACACGUCACCUCACUGAGUUGUACACCUGAAGCCAUGAUACAGUCAUGUGACACUGGUCAGGGGAUACCCCAUUUUGACUUUGACAGCUGUCGAUUGACCUUAACAUGGAUGUCCAAUAUCAAGUUAAACACUGAUUAUUUGCGCUUUGGACUCAUAGCAAGUGUGACAUUUCACAUCCCCUAACAUGUACAGGCAGACAUAUGGACAGAUGGACUGAUGGACCGAUGAGUGUAUGUCAAACCAAACUAUCUUGCACAGAUAACCAAAUUUUAUUACCCAUGGUGCUCGGCUACAAUGAUUAAUUUUGAACUUUUAAUUGGUAUAUUAAUAUUGUUGCUAAAUCAUGUGAUUUCUGUUGGUUAUUGACUAAACUUGUUGUUAUGUGUUUUGUUUUGCAGAUUUGUGCAUAGGUUUAUAGAAUUAGAAGGUUUAAAUUGUUUAUUAGAUUUCCUAGAAAAAAUGGACUUUGAAACAAGGUGGGUUGUUAUCUACUUGCGCUGUACGUAGGAGAAAGAAUAUGUAAUAAAUAAAUUGAUAAAAUUAAAGUAGAAGUGUACAUGUGUACCUUGUCUUAAUUUUUGCAUUGAUUUCUUGAUUUUCUAUUCUUUUUUAGCCAAAGUAAAAUUCACACUGCGGCAAUAGGAUGUUUUAAAGCUUUAAUGAAUAGCUCGGUAAGAGUUUCCUUUACUCAUACAAUAAAUUGAACAUAGGUUAAAUCAAGUCAAAAUUAAAUUCCGGUUGCCAAUUUUAUACUAAGGUUGAUUUUCAGUUUCCCUUGUUUUCUAAUGGUUGGUGGGGAAGGGAAGGGAAGGGAGGAGGUACUCUGGAGUAAAAAAAAGGAUGGAAGGUCCAAAUAAGGCCAAAGUGUUCAACCCAGAAGGGAAGAGAGGUCUAGAAUAUAACCUCCCAUAGGUCCCGUCUUCCUUUGAGCACAUACUGAAUGAUGAUAACCGAAGAUUUUACUUUUCACCACCCCCCCACCCCUAAAAUAAUAUAUUUUCCACCAAACUUUCUCACCUGAAGUAGUCAACACAAAAUGUCUAGCCAAAGGGAAGUCUUUUGAACACAAAUUUUAUGUGGUAUAUUAUCAUGGUAUAUUAAUUUUGAUGUAGUCAAUAAAGUUUUAUUUAUUGUUUAUGAAUUUAUUUUUUGUAGCAUGGAAGAGCUCAUGUACUGGCCCAUCCUUCCUGUAUCAAUAUCAUUGCUCAGAGUAUGAGCACAGAAAAUAUCAAAACUAAAAUACAAGGUAGGUCUAUUAACCCUUAAAGUCCCGAUGGUGACCAACAUCAAUUUUCUCCUAACCAUAUCCAUAGAUUGUCCAGAGAUUAGGUUAUAAGAAUUAAUAAAUUGAUCACCUAAGGGAAAAUGCUUUGAUCUUGUAUCAAAUUCUAUCAACUUCCUCUUUAAGGAAAUGUAUAGAAAUCAGUUUGGAGAAUUUGUAUGUGGAUAUUGGGGCUUAAAGGGUUAAACCUUUGUUCAGAACAUGGUAGAUUUUUCUUUUGUGAUGUACAGUUUUCUUUUAUUGUGGUUUUCUAGACACUGUGGAGUUAAGGCUUGUUCCUGAUUUUAACUUGUUACCUAGCAAGGUUAAGUCCCAUUGUGGACUAGAGUGCCGGCAGGAGGCUUGGUGCGUGUGUGACAGGGAGGUAGUUAUGGCAACCACAUUAGUGAUAACCGCCCCUACUUGCUUCCUGCCAUUAUCUUACUCAUCUGGUUUAUGAAUAGAAUUAGUAUAAAACACCUCUGUCCAAAACAGUAUAACUUUUGACAUUUAAUCCAGUAAAACUCCUUUAUCAUUUUUAUUUCAGAUUAAAGCAGUCAGGUCUGUUGUAAGAUUUUAAGCAAGUGGCUUCAGAGUAGAUUGUUCUGUGCACCCAGGCUCAUUAUUUUCCUGUUUGUGAUUACAGUUCUAGAAAUCUUAGGAGCUGUCUGCCUUGUUCCUGGAGGUCACAAGAAGGCGUUAGAUGCCAUGACUCACUUUCAGAAGUUUAACGAGGAAAGAACAAGAUUUCAGGUUGGUAGAAAACAACUUUUCAUGGAAAGAGGAUAUGAUAUAAAUGUAAAAAUUCCACCAUUUGAAACUAAUAUAUUUGUGCUGUGGCAAGAGAAUUGUCAGUGGAGAUGUCAAAUGAGAGACUUGUUUGACUUAUAUAAUGUCCUGUUAAAAUGUCUUUAAAGAAUUCAACAUUGGAUUGAAUUGAGUUUAAGUUUGUUCCCUACCAAGUAUGAAAUGAAAUUUGCAUUUUAUUCUUUAUAUUCAAAUAAGGUUCACUUGGAAGAUUAUGUUAGCUAACGUGUCAAAUGCCAAACAGCCAUAAAUUAUUGCAAUAUCAAAAAUAUUUUUUGUCUUUAGACACUGAUAAAUGAUUUAGAUCGCACCACUGGACACCACAGAGAUGAAUUUAACCUGAAAAUUGCCAUCAUGUCAUUCAUCAAUGCAGCACUCAAGUAUGGAGCAGGCGCUGUAAGUUAAAACUCAAUAUCUGCCUCUGUAUGUAACAAUAAUCCCUUGAACUGAUCAACAUAUCAUUUCUCUUUAAAUGAAACCACUGGAUCACACUAAAAAGGUCGUGAGAGUUUAGGAAAAGAUUACCAUGCUUAGAUAAACUGGCUUAUUCCCCUAACUGACAAGAUGUUGAUAGACAAUAAAGCUAAGUAUGUGCUCUUCAAUGUUACCUAUAGGGCCAUAGUAGGCUGGGCUGUACUACAAAAGGCCAAGGGCUGGGUAGAGUGAAGAUUUUGUCUGGGUAAUGUAGAAUUGUAAACCCUUAUUACUUAUUAGUAAAACAGCACAAGAAAAACACAAGAAAUUUUCAAAACCUUGCCUCCUUUGUACUUGUACAAAUGAACCUUUUUUAUUUCUGCACCUACUUAAAAAAAUUAACAGUUUCUUAAUGUUGUGGAUUGAGCAAUCACUGGAUGAUGUAAUCCAAGAGAUUGAAAGGUUACAAUAUCUUUAUGAAAGGACACCCUAGAAAUAACCCAAAAUUAGUGACAACCUUGUCAGUUGGAGACUGGCUUGUUUCCAGCAAGGAUUAAAGUUUAAUUUUCUUUUUUUGUUUUUCAAAUGCAGGAACAUCUUGAAUUUCGCAUCCAUCUUCGGUUUGAGUUUCUAAUGCUUGGAAUUGAACCAGUAAUUGAGAAGUUGCGUACUUUGGAAAAUGCAACACUGGAUAGGUAUCAAAUGUUUCUUCAAUUUGUAGUGUCACUUGCAUUUUAUGACAAAGAUUAACAAUAAAAGCAAUAUUUUCAUGGCUGUAUGCUGAUAUUAUGAAGUGUAAAUUUUAAAUUGGUUAGUUGGUGAGUCUUUUAGAUAGGGAUAACCUCCAGAUCUCUUCCUUUUGGGAGUUAUUUCGUUUUGCUUUCUAUCUUUUGAUUAACAUAUUGUAAAGCACAUUUAUUAUAGGAGGUGGAAGUUUAUUGGUAAUAUUUCUUCACAAUCAUUUACUUCAAACUUAUAUUGCUACCACCAAAUGAUAGUUAUAAACUGCUGCUUGCCAUCAUAAUCAAGUGUAAAUUUUGAGAACAGGCUUGAUAAUAAAGGCAACAGAUCAGGUUGAAAUGUUGUGCUUUUAGAGUUUCACUCAUCAUUUAUGCAUUAUUCAGUUCUUGUUGUCAGUGGAUAAUGGCCUUGUNUUUCCAGCAAGGAUUAAAGUUUAAUUUUCUUUUUUUGUUUUUCAAAUGCAGGAACAUCUUGAAUUUCGCAUCCAUCUUCGGUUUGAGUUUCUAAUGCUUGGAAUUGAACCAGUAAUUGAGAAGUUGCGUACUUUGGAAAAUGCAACACUGGAUAGGUAUCAAAUGUUUCUUCAAUUUGUAGUGUCACUUGCAUUUUAUGACAAAGAUUAACAAUAAAAGCAAUAUUUUCAUGGCUGUAUGCUGAUAUUAUGAAGUGUAAAUUUUAAAUUGGUUAGUUGGUGAGUCUUUUAGAUAGGGAUAACCUCCAGAUCUCUUCCUUUUGGGAGUUAUUUCGUUUUGCUUUCUAUCUUUUGAUUAACAUAUUGUAAAGCACAUUUAUUAUAGGAGGUGGAAGUUUAUUGGUAAUAUUUCUUCACAAUCAUUUACUUCAAACUUAUAUUGCUACCACCAAAUGAUAGUUAUAAACUGCUGCUUGCCAUCAUAAUCAAGUGUAAAUUUUGAGAACAGGCUUGAUAAUAAAGGCAACAGAUCAGGUUGAAAUGUUGUGCUUUUAGAGUUUCACUCAUCAUUUAUGCAUUAUUCAGUUCUUGUUGUCAGUGGAUAAUGGCCUUGUUCUUCUUGCAGGCACUUGAAUUUUUUUGACAUUGUGAGGCUUGAUGAUGAAAAGGAACUCUCUAAGAGAUAUGGCCAGGUAAUUGAAGAGACAAGGGAGUAGCUGCCAUGGUUUAAUAGCUGGCCCCAGUUGUUCGGAAGCGUAUUGAUUUCCUUAAUACUUAUUUCAUACUGAAUAGUGAUUUGUCUGGUGGAUAGAGCUAUCAAAUGUUUGAAUAACCAGGGCAUGCAAGUUAAAUUAUAUUUUCCUUUGUUGUUAUGUACAGUAACUUUGGAUGAUGAUAUUUGAACCACAAGAGUUCUAGGAAACUAAGGGAUCAGGGUCAUAGUAUUUAAAAGAACCUUAACAUUUUUAAGUGAUACAAUGUAGUUGGAUGGGGGGGGAGUCCUCACCCACAAAGGCUGCCCUAAAGCUCCCCCCCCCUUUCAAAACAAAUUUUCUGGAUCUGCUGUUAACAUUUAAUUUCAUUAUGUUGUAUAAUGUAAACCUUCAUGGAUUUGCAAACCUUUGUGGAUUUGGAUUAAGAUUUGUGCAUAUUGCCAAGUGGAAACCACUUGUAGUGAUCUGAACCGCAGCUGUUUAAGCGUGGGAUAGUGCUAUCCACCGGAUAAAUCUUUGUCCAAUUCCAUUGGAUAAGACUAGGGAAACCAGUUGCGCCAUCCACUAGAUAGAGAUUUAUCCAGAGGAUAGCAUUAUUCACCUUUUUAACAACUGCAGCCUGCUUGCCCCAGCUUCAUCUUAAAAUUCUACUGUACUAAAUUAAUUUUUUAAUAGUCUGAGGUAUAUCUUUAUUUUGCCUUUUCUUAUUAAAGCCAUAUAUUGAUCUGCGGAGUGCCACUUGUAUGUUUGAAGUACUCAGAAGAAAACUCUGUACCACGUCAGCGUACCCACAUUUCCUGUCCAUUUUGCACCACAUGCUUCUAGUACCAAGUGAGUUGCCUAAUUUUGCAUCGUUAAGAAGAUAUAAACUUGGCAAUUGAAUUAAAAAAGUGUGGUUUAGUACAGCUAAAUUGAAGCAAAAUCAUUAAUCUCUUAGCUACUUUUUCUUUUUUUUGUGGCUCCGGUAAUACCGAUAAUUCAGGUGAACUAGUGGUUUUUUCUCAUAGCAUGCUUCCACGAUUUGGCUGAUGUCGGUUUUAUGAGAACAUCACCCAAUGUAAUAAUAUAGGAAUUUUGCCGAAAAGGGUGUUUAUUUUGAAGCUAGUCGAGCCAUUUUCUGGUCACUGCUUGGCUAUAAAGACCUAAAACUUACCAAAGAGCUGUUUUCAGGUCGUGCACUUCGCGGUCUUCUGUUCGAGAUGCUGCUUAUGAGGCUCCAAAGUUCGGGCAUGCGCAGAAAGCAUAAUUGUGAAAUGUUAUGUAAAAUAAUCCCCCUCUUUUUCCGCUUUUCUAGUCCCGUUUUUUUUCCUUUUGGUAGUUUUUUAGUAGACUUUAUUUCGAUGGGAAAAGUUUUUGGUAAAACUUUUAGGAUCGUGGGAUUAGAUAGGAGGUAGUUGCAGUAGUUGGGUACUAGUGGAACAAGCCGGAUUUUCAUCGCAAUUUUCGGGUGAACGCCUUUUUCUCCGGCCUCAUUGACUGAAUCGUGCUCAUUCUGGCGUGGUUUGAAAGAUCUCUUCACCCUGCAGAAGAAAACCGAUGACGUCACAAGCGGUGCAAGGGACUAGGUUCCACUCGCGCGGUUAAGCAACAACCGGAAAUGGACAUUCUUGGGCGUUGGUUUUGCCCACAUUCUCGGCCAAAGCGUCUUAAAGCACAAUUAGCCUUACAAAUUCGGUAGUAGCUUAAGAUAUUUAAAGGCAACAGGCCUAACUUCCAGUUGACGUGCGUUGGUCGAAAACGCCUUUGCUUAAAGUUCGCUAAUUAAGCCUCUCCCGUGUCAAAAUUCGUGUCAAGAUUUAUACCUGUGCAUGGCUACCACAGCAGAUGUUAAUUGGUAUUUUGUUGUUUUUCAGAUGAUCACGGAGUGGCUCGGCGACUGUGGCAGUUGAUUGACAGA